GGGGGGUGGCGGAACGACCGGCGUUUCGGAGUUUGGAGCGUGUAUCGGUAGUCGCGAGACGAGGCAGUUGGUGACGGGUUGCGGUCGUCUAGUGUGGCGUAGUGAAACGGUUUUCGGUCGCCUUCUUCUCCCCUCCUUGUGUUCAAAAAUGAGCUGGCAGGAUUACGUUGAUAAGCAGCUGCUCGCGUCUAGGUGUGUUACCAAAGCGGCGAUCGCCGGACACGAUGGCAAUGUAUGGGCGAAAUCUGAGGGAUUUGAAGUAAGUAAAGAGGAGCUCGCGAAAUUAGUGCAGAGUUUCGAAGAGCAGGACAUCCUGACGUCGUCGGGGGUUACCUUAGCCGGCAAUAGGUACAUCUACCUAUCGGGCACGGAUCGUGUGAUAAGGGCGAAACUCGGCAAAGUCGGCGUCCAUUGCAUGAAGACGACGCAAGCCGUAGUUGUCUCCCUGUACGAGGACCCCAUACAACCACAGCAAGCCGCAUCUGUCGUUGAAAAAUUGGGCGAAUACCUCGUGUCCUGCGGCUAUUAGUAACCUCUGGGACCCAACACAAAUAUCUAAUAUUAAUAAUAAACGAUACGAUCGAUUAUUUUAAUGAACAGCGAAUGAAACAUGCGCCAUGCCGCACGAGUUGCCCCGGAACUGCCGCACGCCCUGCGCGACACACGAUGAAGAAAUGCAGCAGCAGCAGCAGCAGCAACAACAGCAGCGGCAACGACAGCAGCAACAACAGCAACAACAACAACAAAACAACAGCAAAACAACACAUAGUCGAGAACAGCAACUAUCAUUACUGCUCCAGUCAUCAUUCUCUCCUCCUCGAUCUUCGUUUCUUUAAGGCGACGUAGAGAACGGGACGGAAAGCACGCGCGAGUUCAUGCCGAGUACACGCACGCACCAUACGUAAACAACGACGAACCCUUCCCAUUUCCCCCUUUCUCCGAACCUCAGUCUUCAACCCUCUUUUCCCGCUCUCUAUCGCUACGCUCGCGCCGCUUACAAACCCGCGUUUCUUCUCUCGUCUCCCUCCGCCACCCCUCCUUCUCGGUCGUACACGUAUACGUACUUAAGCAUCUACGCGUGAAUAUAUCUCGUAGGAUACGCGUGUCUCGCGUGUACUGUCGCGUCGUGCGUCGUCUGCGACGAGCGUCGGAGAUCGCGGGGGAAACUUCGGCAGUUAUCGAUACCGAUACCGAUACCGAUGUCACAUUGCCACAUCUGCUCUCUACCUACCUACCUACUCCCAACUUUCCUCUCCCCCCCACCCCCGAACAUUAUUCGCGCAACACGAGUCUCGACGGCUGUGACGCGCAAACGAGAGAUGCGAGAGAUCGCGUCUGAAGCGCUGACGCGUUGCGCGGAGAGACGACGAGGAUCGAUGGCGCGGCUUUGACGCGAUCGACGAUAGCACCCGUGCCACCCGUCAUCCGUAUCGAGCUGGCGACGCACGUCACGGAACGUUAUCGACGUCGUGGAUCCUGACGGCGCCGCGGCGCUUGAAGCGACGUGCGCGCGCGCGUGCGCACAUACACACACACACACACACACACACACACACACACACACACAAAAUCUUUAUAAGAGCGAGACAAUGCGCGAAAACACGAAAAAGCGCAGCGGAUUGUGACGUACGUGCGGUUCCUGGCUACUAUAUGGAUCCAAUGACGAUCGCGAGAUUCGCAAACGGAGUCUGGCAUCCGCGUGUCUUUGUCCCAUCGAAAAGGCACGAAUUGCAAUGGAUCGUGACAUGCGUCGCGAUUCGUCACGGGACGAACAUUGCCAUCGUCCGCCACUUCUUGCGUUACACGCGUUCAGCUAUGUUUUCCGGAAAAAGGAGGAGCGUCGAUCGCUUCCGCGAGGAUGCGGUCCCUCGAGCCUGAAUUUAUUAGAGAUAAUUGCCUUGUCGCCGUUCGUGAAGAACGUACGUAUAUAGAAAUAUCGUACGAACAUAAUGUGAUGUACAUGCGGAAGCGAUCGAUAUCGUCUCGUAGCAUGUAUUUAACACACUCAAAGUGUACACAGUCGCUUCGUUCACGCACCAACUUUACGCGUGCACGGAGAAAGACACAAUAAUGAUCGAUCGAUAGAUAUCAAAGCGAGGAAAAGAAGAGAGAGAAAGAGGGAGGGGGAGAGAGAGAGAGAGAGAGAGAUGCGAAAUUUUGUAACCGUUUACAUGGCAUUUCGCUUGAAACGAUACAAACACACAUAUGAAUUAAAUAUAAGAGAGAGAAGUAAUGAUAAUAAAAAAUAAUAAACUGUUGUGUGUUAGGGUUACUAUCUUUUUUGUGGAGCACGAAAGAGUGAACGCGUGCGCGCGAGGUGUAAAGAGGAAGCGAAGAACGAGAGAGAAAGAGAGAGAGAGAGAGAGAGAGAGGGGUGCGCGCGCGCGCGCGCGCGUGUAUACGUGUGUGUGUUUUUGCGUGUGUUUUGUAUGUGUGUGAUCGAGAGUGAGAGGAAGUCAGAGAACGAUCGAUUGUGACGAUCGAGUCGUAAAAAUAACAGCUAGAUAACGAGAAGGAGAAAAGGUAAACAAAAGACGUGGGGAAUAAAAAAGAGGGAGGGAAAGAGAUGCUGACAGAACGUGAACGUGUGGAGCGCGCGCGUACGCGUGUGUAUGCGUGAGAGGGAGAGAGAAGAUGCGACAAGGUAAGCGAGAGAAAGAGAGAGAGAGAGCGGAGGUACGAUGAUGAUGGCGAUAACGAUAGCGGCGGCGAUAAUAGUAAUGAUGCUGAUGAUAAAAUGAUGACGAUGCGGGCGAGCAUGCGGCAGCGGGUGAUACGGCAUGGAUUGGCCGCAAUCCUGGCCGUCUCCCCCAUUCCCCCAAGAAUCGAUACGGUCCUUUUAGCUAUUUACUGUCUUUAUUAUUGCUAUGUGUAAGAAGAAUAAAACAAAAUGGCGAACGA